AUGGAACAAAUUGGCACGUUCAACCCAGUAGAGUUGCAAUCGGAAAAGCAGUAUUUUUUGCCGCAUCAUGCUGUCAAACGCCCAGAUAGUAGUACGACGAAACUCAGGGUGGUGUUCGAUGCUUCGGCUAAAACUAGCAAUGGAAAAUCGCUGAAUGAUCAACUUAUGGUGGGACCAACGUUGCAACCCCAGCUUGUCGAUACGCUGCUUCGCUUUCGAAGGUACAAGGUCGCGGUCACAUCCGAUGUUUCGAAAAUGUUCCGACAAAUUUUAGUACGCAAAGAAGAUCGACGCUUCCAGCAGAUUCUUUGGAGAUCCAGUACCAAGGAUGAAAUCGGUGUUUAUCAGUUAACGACAGUUACCUAUGGUACUGCCAGCGCCCCGUUUUUGGCAGUCCGGACACUAAUGCAGAUUUGUGAAGAUGAAGCAGAGCAGUAUCCCCUUGCAGCAGAAGUUGGCAAGAAAUCGGUAUACGUCGACGAUGUUUUAUUCGGUGCUGAUACGGUAGAGGAAGCACGAGAGUUGAAAGGGCAACUAGCUGCUAUGCUCGAAAAGGCAGGAUUCGAGUUGCAUAAGUGGUGCUCAAAUAGCAAAGAGGUGUUGGCUGAUAUUCCCGAAGCCAGGCUGGAGCAAAAGGUACUGCUGAACAAAGAAGGUCGAACUAAAACCCUUGGGUUAACUUGGCAACCCGAUGAAGAUGUAUUCAGUUUCGAAGUUAUGUCAAUUGCCUUUGACGAAGGAGUACCGACCAAACGAAAAAUUCUCUCAGACAUAUCAAAGUUAUUCGAUCCACUUGGCCUAGCAGGACCAGUUAUUAUGACGGGUAAACUCAUCAUGCAAGAACUAUGGAAAGAGAAACUAAAUUGGGACGAGCCGCUGGAAGCUGGUAUAGAAAACAUGUGGAACGAGUAUCGACUACAGUUACAGACGAUGAACACAAUUCGGAUUAGUCGCUGUGUACUUCCAUUGUUGCAAACAGAAUUUGUAGAACUUGCUGGGUUCUGUGAUGCAUCGCAGAAGGGCUACGGAGCAUGUUUGUACUUAAGGUCACGAAACUCGCAAGGUCAAAUCUCCAUUCGUUUACUAUGCUCAAAAUCUCGCGUCGCACCUAUCAAGGGAAAUCGAACCACGAUUCCGCGUCUAGAGCUAUGUGGAGCUCGUUUGCUCGCUCAAUUAGCAGAUAAUGUAAGACGAUCCCUACCAGUUACCGUGAACCGAGUUCGUUUUUGGUCCGACUCCACUAUUGCUCUCAGCUGGAUCAACACUUGCCCCAGUAAACUGGAUGUUUUUGUAUCAAACCGUGUAGCUGCAAUACAACAGCUGUCCGACCCAAGCGAAUGGUGUCACGUCAGCACGCAUGACAAUCCGGCAGAUUUGGUCUCACGUGGAAUUAUGCCCCAAGAGCUUCAUUCAUCUAAACUGUGGUGGUGUGGACCGCCAUUCCUACGUAAAAACGAUAUCGUCUGGCCAAAGGGAGUGCAGCUGGUUGACCCCAUGCAGCUGCCAGAAUUGAUCCAGGUUACCGCCAUGCCCGCAGUGGUCGAAAGGCUGCAUUUAUUCGACAAUUGCAGCAAGUACAACAUAAUGCUUCGAGUCGUCACGCGUAUCAAGCGCAUGUUCCAGAAUCGUCAGCGUAGUGCAGAGAAUCAACGUCGUGGAGAGUUUAGCGCAGAGGAAAUGCGAUACGCCAAGCUUACAAUUGUUCGUCUCGUCCAGAAGGAGAGCUUUCCGGAAGUAUUCGCCCAAUUACGAGAGGAGGUAACAUCGAAGAACCAUUCGCUAAUACCGCUUUCUCCGUUUGUAGACAACCACGGACUACUGAGGGUCGGUGGACGUCUAUCGAAAUCGGCCUGCUCAUAUGAUACAAAACACCAGAUGAUCCUUCCCAAGAACCAUCCCGUCACAGGUGCAAUCAUCCGGUCUUUCCAUGAGUCCAAUAUGCACGCCGGUAUUCAGUACAUGGGUGAUUUGCCAGCUUGCCGUGUGGAAGGACAGUAUCCGUUUUAUCGAGUCGGUAUCGAUCUCUGUGGACCAGUAUUCUUGAAGCAACGCAAUAAACGUUCCACCGUCGAGUAUAAAGGAUGGAUUGUGCUUUACAUUUGCCUGGCAACAAAAGCGAUCCACCUCGAGUUGUUUUUUAAGAGUUUCGACAACCAAGACGACAUUCUACGAGCCUACGGCAACAGUGUCGAGUGGCACUUCAAUCCCCCAGAGGCACCGCACUUCGGCGGUAUUUGGGAAUCAAACAUCCGUCAAACCAAGGUGUUAUUGUUGAAGCAUACAGCAGCAGCAGCUCUGAGUUUCGAAGAGUUCUCAACCGUUUUGUGUCGAAUUGAAGCGGUUUUAAAUUCGAGACCGCUCACCCCGCUAUCGGACGACCCAGAGGAUUUUGAGGCGUUAACUCCGGGACACUUUUUGGUAUUUCGAUCUUUGAACGCUGUCGCACGUCCCGUAGUCAUCGAUCAACGUAAGCAUCCUAGGCAACGAAAUGAACACAUCACCGCUAUCAUUCAGCACUUCUGGAAUCGUUGGCAAUCGGAGUAUCUUUCGUCGCUACAAGUACGAUACAAGUGGCACAAGAAGGUAGAAGUCGAAGUAGGUCAACUUGUGCUCAUCAAAAAGGACAACAUGCCAGUUCAGAAAUGGCUACUUGGCCGUAUUAUCGAGGUCAUCCCUGGUACCGAAGGUGUUGUACGAGUCGUCGACGUCAAAACAGAGAAUGGAAUUUUGCGAAGACCUGUAUCGAAGCUGUGCUUUCUACCCAUCGACCCAGAGCAGAGUUUCGAAAGGGACACCUUUCAACGGCGGGAGGAUGUUCAGAAUAAUCUGAUCGAAUCGGCAUCACUGCAAUAA